AGUAGGUGGUGCACAACCCUACAACCCUAUAACCCUGUGCAGCUUUGUGCAAUUGGUCCUUGCGAGAAUCCUGAAUCCUGAUUGUCUAAACUUGAGCGCUCUCCAUUCAGGCUGGGAGGCAGGUAUUUUGGCAGAUGACGUCUUUCUUUUGAAGAUGCUUACGUCCGCCGGAUAAGUCUUCUUUUUAUAGCAGUUCAGCGCAUUGGAUCGAGCCAGCAAAGAAGAUGGACGGCCUCGAGAAGCUUGAGUACCUUUCCCUUGUUUCCAAAAUCUGCUCGGAGCUGGAGACACAUGUCGGGUUUGCAGACAAAACCCUAGCAGAGUUCCUGAUAGAAUUGGCAGGGAAUCACACGAACGCUGACAGCUUUGGCAAGGCGUUGAUAGAGAAUGGGGCGGAGCUGCCGCCCUACUUUGUGAGCUCCCUGCUCACGAUCAUUCAAAAGGUGCGGCCGCCGAAGAAAGCCAACAAGGAGAAGGCCGCUGGGACUGCUUCCAAGAAGCCGACCGCAGAAUUCCCGGGGCUUGCAAUCCAAGAUGAUAGGAAGCGGGUGGAAGAGAUGGAGAAGGAGUUGCUGGCGGAGAAGAGAGAGCGGAACGGGGAUGCAGCAGAGGAGCGGGGGGGCAGGUCAGACAGGGAGGAAAGGCACCGGGGAAAGGACGAUGAUAGAGACCGGAAUGGGCACCGGGAAGAGAGGAGAAGAGAUAGGGAUGGUAGAGACAGGAGGGAGAGGGAUGGCGACCUGAGAGAUGGAGAUAGGGUUAGGGAUGGGCGCAGGGAAUCGGACCGGGGGGGCAGGAGGGGCAGGGAAAGCAGUAGGUCGGCCAGCCCUGAGCGGGAGCGGAUGCUGCCGCCUCCGCCGCCCGGCCGGCCACCACCCGCGCCAUCGGGCGACAUCGCAGAAUUCGAGGUCUACAAGGGCAAAGUCACGCGGAUCAUGGACUUUGGAUGUUUUGUUCAGAUCGACGGGAGGGACCGGAAGGAGGGGCUGGUGCACGUGUCGCAGAUGGCGAAUCGGCGGGUGGGGAACGCCAAGGAUGUGGUGGCGAAGGACGACGUCGUGUGGGUGAAGGUGCUGUCGGUGACGGGGAACAAGCUGAGCCUGAGCAUGCGCGAUGUUGACCAGAAGACGGGGCGCGAUCUGCUGCCGAUGCAGAAGAGGGAGACCGCGGAGGACUUUCGGAGCAACCCUAGCGGGCCGUCCGGGGGAGGGGGCCUGAAGGGCAUCUCAGGGAUUGUGGUGAAAGACGAUGAUGAAAGCAACGUGCGGCGGCCGGGGAAGCGGCUGUCGUCGCCUGAGCGUUGGGAGGUGCAGCAGCUGAUUGCUUCGGGGGUGUUGGACCCGAGCGAGUACCCGACGUUCGACGAGGAGUCGGGGCGGGGGUUGCUGUAUGCAGAGGAGGAGGAGGAGCAGGAACAAGAGGUGGAGCUGAACGAGGACGAGCCGGCGUUCCUGCGGGGCCAGACGCACUUCAGCGUUGAUGCGUCGCCGAUCAAGAUCGUGAAGAACCCGGACGGAAGUUUGCAGCGUGCGGCGAUGACGCAGAGUGCGCUGGCAAAGGAGCGGCGGGAGCUGAAAGAGCAGCAGUCGCGCAGCAUGCUGGACAGCAUCCCCAAGGAUCUGAACCGGCCGUGGGAGGACCCGCUGCCGGAGCAGGGGGAGCGCCACCUGGCGCAGGAGCUGCGGGGGGUGGGGCUGACCGCUUACGACCAGCCGGAGUGGAAGCAGGAGGCGCUCGGCAAGGCGCCGACGUUCGGGCAGCGGUCCAAGAUGCCGAUCCAGGAGCAGCGGAAGAGCCUGCCCAUUUACAAGCUCAAGAGCGAGCUGGUGCAGGCGAUUGUGGACAAUCAGGUGCUGGUGGUCAUUGGCGAGACGGGGUCCGGGAAAACGACGCAGAUGACGCAGUACCUGGCGGAGGCGGGGUUCACGAGCAAGGGCAAGAUCGGGUGCACGCAGCCGCGGCGCGUUGCGGCGAUGAGCGUGGCCAAGCGCGUGGCGGAGGAGUUUGGGUGCCGGCUCGGGGAAGAAGUUGGGUACGCAAUCCGGUUCGAGGACUGCACGGGGCCCGAGACGGUGAUCAAGUACAUGACGGACGGGAUGCUGUUGCGGGAGUUGCUGCUGGACGACACGAUGGCGGGGUACAGCGUGAUCAUGAUCGACGAGGCGCACGAGCGGUCGAUCAACACGGACGUGCUCUUCGGGCUGCUGAAAGGGGUGGUCAAGCGGCGGCCGGACCUGAAGAUGAUCGUGACGAGCGCCACGCUCGACGCCGAGAAGUUCUCGUCCUACUUCUUCAACUGCCCCAUCUUCACGAUUCCGGGCCGGACGUUCCCCGUCGAAAUCAUGUACACCAAGCAGCCGGAGACGGACUACCUCGACGCGGCGCUCAUCACGGUCAUGCAGAUCCAUCUCACGGAACCCGAGGGGGACAUUCUCGUCUUCCUAACCGGCCAAGAGGAGAUCGACACCGCGUGCCAGAUUCUGUACGAGCGCAUGAAGGGCCUUGGGCCAAACGUCCCGGAGCUCAUCAUUCUCCCCGUCUACUCGGCGCUCCCAUCCGAGAUGCAGACGCGCAUCUUCGACCCUGCGCCCCCCGGCACGCGCAAGGUCGUGGUCGCGACCAACAUCGCGGAGGCGUCGCUGACGAUCGACGGGAUCUUCUACGUGGUCGACCCCGGGUUUAGCAAACAGAAGGUGUUUAACCCGAAGCUGGGGAUGGACUCGCUCGUCAUCUCGCCGAUCAGUCAGGCGUCGGCGCGGCAGCGCGCGGGGCGGGCGGGGCGCACGGGGCCCGGGAAGUGCUACCGGCUGUACACGGAGGCGGCGUACCGCAACGAGAUGCUGCCGACGUCAGUGCCGGAGAUCCAGCGGACGAACCUGGGCAUGACGGUGCUCAUGCUCAAGGCCAUGGGCAUCAACGAUCUUCUCAACUUCGACUUCAUGGAUCCACCACCCCCGCAGGCGCUCAUCUCCGCCAUGGAGAUGCUGUACAAUCUGGGCGCGCUCGACGAGGAAGGCCUGCUCACGCGCCUCGGCCGCAAAAUGGCCGAGUUCCCGCUAGAGCCGCCCAUGUCCAAGAUGCUGCUGGCCGCCGUCGAUCUCGGGUGCAGCGACGAGAUCCUGACCGUCAUCGCCAUGCUGAGCGCGCAGAACAUCUUCUACCGGCCGCGCGAGAAGCAGGCGCAGGCUGACCAGAAGAAGGCCAAGUUUUUCCAGCCGGAGGGCGACCACCUGACGUUGCUCGCCGUGUACGAGAGCUGGAAGGCGCACAACUUCAGCUCGCCCUGGUGCUUCGAGAACUUCGUGCAGGCGCGCAGCCUGCGCCGCGCGCAGGACGUCCGGAAACAGCUGCUCACCAUCAUGGACAGGUACAAGCUGGACGUGGUGAGCUGCGGGCGCAACUUCAACCGCGUGCGCAAGGCCGUCACGAGCGGCUUCUUCUUCCAUGCGGCGCGCAAGGACCCGCAGGAGGGCUACAAAACCAUCGUCGAGAACCAGCCGGUGUACAUCCACCCCAGCAGCGCGCUCUUCCAGCGCCAACCCGACUGGGUUAUCUACCACGAGUUAAUCCUAACCACCAAAGAGUACAUGCGCGAGUGCAUCGCGAUCGACCCCAAGUGGCUCACGGAGCUCGCGCCGCGCUUCUUCAAGUCGGCGGACCCGAACAAGAUCAGCAAGCGGAAGCGGGCUGAGCGGCUCGAGCCGCUGUACGAUAGGUAUAACGAGCCGGGGUCGUGGCGGCUGUCAAAGCGGCGGUGGUAGAGCAGGUAGGAGUGGGGUCUGUUGACUUGAGGGAGGACUGGGGAGUAGUAAUGAUGAAGAUGUGGAAAACGCGCAGUUAUUGGGCGGGGGUUUAAGCAAGUAAGUGUUGCACGUUGCAAGGGCCGUGUUUCUCUUUACUUCAUUGCCGUGCGCCCAAGCGGACAGGGGCUCUGUCUUGUUCUGGUCAAACGAUGUACUGCCUUUUCAAGAUGAUGGUCGGUGACUUGUGCCUGGAUUGUGUCCGCUCGUAGACGGGUGGGAAACACAUCAAGUGUCUGUAGGCUUCGUGGAGGGUCAUCGGCUC